GGGGGCGCGUUGUAUACGUAGAGUUGAAGUUCUGCUCUCGUGGAUUCUGGAAAUUAACUUCAUCAUGGCAGCAGACGGACCUGAGAAGGCGGGUGAGGAGGGGGCCACCGGGGCGGGGACUUCGGCCAGCAGCGGGGUGCGCUUUGAGCUGGAGAAGGAGACGGAGCUGCGCUUCGAGGUGGAGGCCGGGGAGAAGGUGCAGCUGGAGCUGCUGUCCGGGCUGGCCGAGGUCUUCGGCUCCGAGCUCAACCGCAACAAGAAGUACACCUUCGGGCCCGGAUCCAAGAUCGCCGUGUUCACCUGGCAGGGCUGCACCGUGUGUCUAACGGGGAAGACAGAGGUGGCCUAUGUCUCCCGGGACACUCCCAUGCUUCUGUACCUGAAUACCCACGCUGCACUGGAGCAGAUGAGACAGCAGGCCGAGAGGGACAACGAGAGAGGACCCAGGGUGAUGGUGGUGGGCCCGACGGAUGUGGGGAAGUCGACAGUGUGUAGGCUGCUCCUCAGCUAUGCUGUGCGGCUGGGCAGGAGACCCACCCUGGUGGAGCUGGAUGUGGGGCAGAGUGGGGUAUCGGUUCCCGGCACGGUGUCGGCGCUGUGCAUCGAGCGUCCCGCUGACGUGGAGGAGGGCUUCUCCGUCCAGGCCCCUCUGGUCUACCAUUUCGGCUCCACCACCCCCGGGACAAACAUCAAACUCUACAACAAGCUGACCUCAUGCCUGGCGGAGGUCUUCUCCCAGCGCUGCGAGGUGAACCGCAAGGCCAGCGUGGGUGGCUGCGUCAUCAACACCUGCGGCUGGGUGAAGGGCUCGGGCUACCAGGCGCUGGUGCACUGCGCCUCGGCCUUCGAGGUGGACGUGGUGCUGGUGCUGGACCAGGAGCGGCUCUACAACGAGCUGAAACGCGACCUGCCGCACUUCGUCAAGGUGGUGCUGCUGCCCAAGUCCGGCGGGGUGGUGGAGCGCUCCAAGGCCUGCCGGCGGGACACCCGGGACGAGAAGAUCCGCGAAUACUUCUACGGCUUCCGGGGGGUGUCCUUCUACCCCCACGCCUUCGACGUGCGCUUCUCUGACGUGCGCAUCUACAAGAUCGGGGCACCCUCCAUCCCGGACUCCUGCCUGCCCCUGGGGAUGUCCCAGGACGACACCCAGCUGAAGCUGGUGCCCGUGACCCCGGGGCGGGACCUGACGCAUCACGUCCUGAGCGUCAGCUGCGCGGACGACGAGGGCGAGGGGGGCACGGGCGGGAGGAGGGGCGUGCUGGAGAGCCCCGUCUGCGGCUUCAUCGUGGUCACGGCCGUUGACACCCAGGCACAGGUGAUGACGGUGCUGUCGCCCGCCCCCCGCCCGCUCCCCCGCCACACCCUGCUCAUCAUGGACAUCCGCUUCAUUGACCUCAAGUGAGGGGAAUUAUGGGAAAUGGGCUGGAGGACCAGCAGGCUGUGGGAGAACCACGGCCAGGUUUGCAGUGCAAACCAUAAGGGAAGCAUUGCUUUCCUACAGCUGACCUCAACACUUUAUUUACAAUCAUUCCCUUUGUGGAAUGACUUCUCAUGUUCACCUGAUGUAUUUUAUUUUGUUUUUUCAUUGUCAUUCUAUUUCUGGGAAUAUGCCCAUUUUUCCGUGGGCAUUUUAGUUUUGUAUGAUAGUUUCUCGCUUAAGGUGGAAUUUUAAUACAUUUUGGAAGGGAAUUACAUCCUGUUGAAAACAAAGUUCUUGAAGUAAAAGUGAUUGAAAUGAGGGUAGGAUGAUGAGAGGCACAGAAUAUAAAACACAAAAUCACUCCUACCCUGUGGAAGAAGGGCAGCUUUUCCUGCAGGAUAGGACAGAGGGACUGUAUAAUUUCAGUAUUUAACACUCAUUUUGUUUCAAAGGCAAUGA